AUGGAGUUUUGGGACCUUUUCCUUGUUGCAUUAAUGCCAGUUUUAAAAGUGUUGCUAAUUACUGCAUUGGGAACAAUCCUUGCAAUUGAUCGCUUUAACAUACUCGGAGAAACUGCCAGGAAAAAUCUCAAUACUAUGGUAUAUUUUGUCUUUUCUCCAACUCUAGUUUGUAGCAGCUUAGCUGAAACAAUAACUCUAAGAAGUGUGGUUAGACUGUGGUUCAUGCCUGUCAAUAUUCUUCUCACAUUUGUUAUUGGAACAGUUCUUGGAUUGUUGGUUGUUAAACUAACCAGAGUUCCUAAUCAUCUGCAAGGCCUUGUCUUAGGAUGUUGUGCAGCAGGUUAA